CUGUGACUUUAAGAGGCGCGCGCUGCGCAGCGCUCGAGGGAUCGGCUGAUGGGGGAAGGGCUCUACACAUCCACUCAUGGCGGAGAACAGAGCUCACGCUCGGCUCGAUCUCACCGCCGAACCCGCGUCUGACCCGGAGCUCAGGACGACAUGAGCGCUGCUGAGAUUGCGGACACACUGGACGUUGAGUUUCUGCUUUUACUGAGUCCCGGAGAGCCAGCUGCAUCCAAACACGGUGUCCUCAUCAGGCCUGGGAGGCUGUGAAUUAUUCGGAAAGGAACUGAAGAACAAACAGGGGAAAUGGCUGCGACCGUGGGCUUCUCCUCCAACGGCCCUGUGCCGCUGAGCGACACCGAGGUGAACAAUCUGUACCGGGAUCUGGAGCUGGGCACUGUCCUGACCCUCUUUUACUCCAAGAAGUCCCAGAGGCCGGAGAGACGGACGUUUCAAGUCAAGCUGGAGACCCGGCAGAUCAUCUGGACCAGAGGAACGGAUAAAAUCGAGGGCGAGAUUGAUAUUCGGGAGAUUAAGGAGAUCCGCAUGGGCCAGAAGUCACGAGACUUCGAGCGAUAUGUGGAGGACUCGACGGCCCGGCCGGACCAGGCCCACUGCUUCGUCAUCCUCUACGGGACAGAGUUUCGGCUCAAAGCGCUCAGUCUGGCAGCGACCUCAGACGAGGAGAUGGCCAUGUGGGUGAAGGGUUUGACCUGGCUGGUGUCCGAUACGCUUCGCUCCCCCACACCCCUGCAGAUAGAGAGGUGGCUGAGAAAACAGUUUUACGCAGUGGAUCGCAGCAGGGAAGACCGUAUUUCCUGUAAGGAUCUGAAGAGCAUGCUGUGCCAGGUCAACUACAGAGUUCCCAACAUGAGGUUCUUACGGGAGAAGCUCCCGGAUGGAGAGCUGAGGAACGGAGAUGUGUCGUAUAGUCAUUUCGCACAGUUGUACCGCAGCCUGAUGUUUGACGCACAGAAAUCUAUGGAGAUUCCACUGCUGCAGAGACUUAUAGAGAGACCUGAGCAGGAGAUCUCACUGGAGGACUUCCAGAACUUCCUAACUGAACAUCAGAAGGAGCUCUGGGCUACAGACAAUAACAAGGUGCAGGAGUUCAUGUUCCACUACCUGAAGGAUCCUCUGCGAGAGAUCGAGCAGCCAUACUUUCAUCAAGACGAGUUCCUCACAUACCUGUUCUCUAAAGAGAACACUAUCUGGGACGUGAAGCUUGAUCAGGUGAGGCCAGAGGACAUGAACAACCCCCUGUCCCACUACUGGAUCUCCUCAUCCCACAACACCUAUCUGACGGGAGACCAGUUUUCCAGUGAGUCGUCUCUGGAGGCGUACGCCCGCUGUCUGCGGAUGGGCUGCAGAUGCAUCGAGUUGGACUGCUGGGACGGUCCUGAUGGGAUGCCUGUGAUCUACCACGGUCACACCCUCACCACCAAGAUCAAGUUCUGCGAUGUGCUUCACACCAUCAAAGAACAUGCCUUCGUUACGUCUGACUAUCCCAUCAUCCUCUCCAUCGAGGACCACUGCAGUAUUGUCCAGCAGAGAAACAUGGCCACUUACUUUAAGAAAGUGUUUGGAGAGAUGCUCCUGACCAAAGCAGUGGACAUCUCGGCCGACGGCCUGCCCUCGCCCAAUCAGCUCAAGAGGAAGAUCCUGAUCAAGCACAAGAAAUUAGCCGAGGGAAGUGCGUACGAGGAGGUCUCGUCUUCAACGCCCUACUCCGAGAACGACAUCAGCAACUCCAUCAAGAACGGCAUCCUGUACCUGGAGGAUCCCAUCAACCACGAGUGGUAUCCUCACUUCUUCGUCCUGACCAGCAAUAAGAUCUAUUACUCUGAAGAGACGUCGAGUAAUCAAGGGAACGAGGAUGAGGAGGAGCACCGAGAGGUCUGUAACAGCAUGGACCAGCAUGUGACGGAGAAGUGGUUUCACGGGAAGCUGGGAGCGGGGCGUGACGGGCGUCAGAUCGCCGAGCGUCUGCUGUCGGAGUACUGUCUGGAGACCGGCGCGCCGGACGGCUCCUUCCUGGUGCGGGAGAGCGAGACCUUCGUGGGAGACUACACGCUGUCCUUCUGGCGGUCUGGACGGGUUCAGCACUGCAGGAUUCACUCUCGGCAGGAGGCCGGCAGCCCCAAGUUCUACCUGACGGAUAACCUGGUGUUCGACACGCUGUUCGCACUCAUCACACAUUACCAGCAGGUGCCUCUGCGCUGCAACGAGUUUGAGAUGAAGCUGACUGAGCCAGUGCCACAGACCAACGCUCACGAGAGCAAAGAGUGGUAUCACGCGAGUCUGUCCCGCAGUCAGGCGGAGAACAUGCUGAUGAGAGUCCCGCGUGACGGGGCUUUCCUCGUUAGGAAGAGAACUGAAGUCAACUCUUUCGCCAUUUCCUUCCGGGCGGAGGGCAAGAUAAAGCACUGCCGCGUGCAGCAGGAGGGACAGACAGUGGUUUUGGGCACCUCGGAGUUUGACAGUUUAGUAGAUUUAAUUAGUUACUACGAGAAACAUCCACUGUACCGUAAGAUGAAGCUGCGCUACCCCAUCAACGAGGAAACACUGGAGAAGAUCGGCACUGCUGAGCCUGAUUAUGGGUCUCUGUAUGAGGGACGUAACCCUGGAUUCUACGUGGAGGCCAAUCAGAUGCCCACGUUUAAGUGCACAGUACGAGCCAUGUAUGAAUAUAAAGCCCAGCGUGAUGAUGAGCUCUCCUUCAGUAAGAACGCCAUCAUUCAGAACGUGGACAAACAGGAAGGAGGCUGGUGGAAGGGAGACUAUGGCGGCAAGAAGCAACUGUGGUUCCCUGCGAAUUACGUAGAGGAGAUCAGCCCGACGGCCGUGGAGCCUGACAGAGCUGCCACAGAGAACAGUCCUCUCGGAGACCUCCUGAGAGGAAGUGUGGACGUGUCUUCCUGUCAGAUCAUGGUCAGGGCAGAAGGGAAGGGCAGCAGACCGUUCGUCUUCUCUCUGGUGCCCGUGGCUUCGCCUCGCACCGGCCCGGUGCUGGACAUCGCAGCCAGUUCACAGGAGGAGCUGAAGGACUGGGUGAUGAAGAUCCGAGAGGUCACCAUGACCUCUGAAGCAAAGCUUGAGGAGGGUAAAAUGAUGGAAAGAAGAAAGAAGAUUGCUCUAGAGCUGUCAGACCUGGUCAUCUACUGCAGACCCGUUCCUUUUGAUGAAGACAAAAUCGGGACGGAGCGGGCCUGUUUCCGGGACAUGUCCUCGUUUCCCGAGACCAAAGCGGAGAAGUAUGUGAACCGCAUCAAAGGAAAGAAGUUCCUGCAGUACAACCGUCUGCAGCUCUCGCGGAUCUACCCUCGCGGCCAGCGCCUGGACUCGUCCAACUACGACCCGCUGCCCAUGUGGCUGUGCGGCAGUCAGCUGGUGGCCCUCAACUUCCAGACCGCAGAUAAGCCGAUGCAGAUGAACCAGGCGCUCUUCAUGCUGAACGCCAGGAGCGGUUACGUGCUGCAGCCGUCCAUCAUGAGAGACGACAGCUUCGACCCGUUCGACCGGCUCUCUCUGAGAGCAGUGGAGCCCAUCACGCUCUGCAUCGAGGUUUUGGGAGCACGCCACCUGCCCAAACACGGUCGAGGUAUCGUGUGCCCUCUGAUCGAGAUCGAAGUUUGUGGAGCAGAGUAUGACAACGCCAAGCAGAGGACGGACUCUGAAGCGGACAACGGGCUGAACCCCACCUGGCCCAGGAAACCCUUCCGAUUCACCGUGUGCAAUCCCUCCUUUGCCUUCCUGCGCUUCGUGGUCUAUGAAAUCGACAUGUUCAACGACCAGAACUUUCUCGCCCAGGCAACAUUCCCCAUCAACUGCCUCAAAACGGGCUACCGGUCGGUCCCGCUCAAGAACAGCUACAGCGAGGAUCUGGAGUUGGCGUCCCUGCUGGUGCACAUGGACAUCGCCAGAGGAAGGCAGGAGAACGGCGAGACGUCGGCGGGGGCCGUGGCCAUGCAGGUGGGUCGGGAGCGGAUGGGGGACACCAGCUCCGUGUCCUCCAUGUCCUCCAUGUCCCCCCUGCCCUCGUCUCCUGGCCAGGCGCUGGGAUACCGCGGGAGGGAGGGCUCGAUCGAGGCCCGAUACCAGUCCACGCUGGAGGACUUCAGAGUGUCACAGGAGACGCUGUUGGACCAAGAGAGCAGGAGGCUUCGCAGGGCUCGUGUCAGCGCAGACAACCGUGUGUAAACGAGCGGCUGAGCGCACGACAGAUGGACGGAGCAGACGCAAGGCCAGCGACAAGCUUCCUACAGAGCUGAUGAUGUCAGGGACUGCCGUGAAACCCGUUUCUGUGGAAGUGGUCAUCGCCAGUGUUUUCGGACAGGUGUCCUCUCUCUGUGACGAGUGGCAGAGGGACUUGUGGAGCGUGAACGGAGCUGCGGCUCAUGGACAGAAAUGAACAAUUAUCUGCUUCGCUACAAUCUGAACCUGCGGCGGACGGGACGGGACGGGGGUGCUCUGAUAUCAAGGACAGCGUUUGGGUGGAUGCCAAAAAGACAGUCUUUCAAAAUUGAAAUUGGGGGUUGUAUCAUUCAUCACUUUGAAACCGAUUCCAGGUUAACAUUUAUGGAGUAAUAAUACUUUUUCUUUACUCUAUCUCUCUGGCUUAUAUAUAAAUAUAUAAAUGUGUGUGUGUGGUUAGAAAAACGUUGCAGCUGAUCUGCUCUCAAAGAGCCUCUCACUCCAGAUUUUGAAUUCAUUUCAGAUUAUUUUUAUUAUUUAAACCUCUGUUUUAAUCUUUCAUAAUGUCAUUUUUUUUCUAUACGAGUUAUGUUUUUCACAUGAGGGCUUGGCCUUUUUAAUUGCGUGUCUUUCAUUCUUGCUCUUUCUCUUCCCGCUGUCCGAGUGGACGGACUAAAGUGUUGGACACGUCCCAGGAUGUGCUUGUGUUUUUGUGACGGGCAGGUGCCAGUAUGAGAGAUCUCUCUGAGCUUCAGGAAGACAUUCUUCAACAUUUAACAACCUCUAUUUUGCUUUCAAAUGAAAUUAUGAAGUUAUCAAGUGACCAGAGAGUGUUUUGUUUUGCCAGUCUGCACGGGAGGUCUUGAAUUCACAAAGCGCUCCGCUGGGGGUUUUGGGCUAUGAGAGAUUUGUGGAAACAUUGUGUAUUUAGUUUACAGAACAGAACUUGGACCAUCUCAUUCCAGACCGUUUUAUCCGUCUAAAACCAUUUCUGUGAUUCUAUCGUUUACUGUUCCUCCACGCUUUUGAAGUCUUGUUCCUGAAAGCUCUUUUUUUUAUGUAUUGUCUUAUCAGAUAAAAUAGGGAGGACAUUUUAUGUAUGAUUUAGUAGCACGUUAACCAUGUGUGUUUUAAGAAAGCCAAAGGUAGACUGGUAAUUGGGACCAAAUAAGUCUGUCUCAUUUCAUUGGGUUAUAGUAGAACACCCUGAGUAUUUCUGAAGUAAGGGCAUUUUGGUCAGUCUUUCUUGUGCCAAGCUGUCUAGUUUUGUGUUGUCAAAGUAUUGCCCUAAUACAGAUCAUACGUCAUUGAUUGAUAAACAGGCUGAGACUGCUAAACCUCAGUAUUUACAGUUGAUGUACAGUAAAAACGAGGCCAUAUUUAUUGUAGCUCUGGUAAGUUUCACAGUCCUCUUGUUUAGCCAGUAGAGGUUGAGAUGUCACUGAACCGCACACAUACACAAGCCAUGUAGUUCUGGGAAUCAUUUCGUGUCUAACAGCCAUAUACAGAAGCCAUUGUGAUGCUGUCGCAUUGCUUUUCAAUCACUGAUGCUUUACCUGCCUCUGUUUGAUCAUGGGAUCCCAGGUGUGUUUUUACGGAGAGCUUGUUUGCCUUUUCCCCCCUUUUUUCCUUGUGGAUGCUACUACGUUGGUCACCAUUGUCGAGUACUUAUUUGGUUCUGUGCAUGACAGCUCAGAGUCUAAAAAGAUGCUCCAGAAUUUACUCCUCAAAUUAUAAUGUUACGUUGUUGAAUUAAUCACGUUGUUGAAUCGAGCUAAUUAAUUUGAAAAUUGUAAACGAGGGGCAUUUUAACACGGAGGGACGUGCAAUUCAAGCAACUGGCUUGUGCCUUUGGAUGCAUGCGUAAAUUGUCAUUCCUCUUUUUUUUUCUAUUCUUUCGCAACAGUUAGUGUAUAGCAGUUGCAUUACGCAAUCUAGAAAUAUUACAGAAAACACAGGGACCAUAAUCACUUCCUGAGCUUUGAGAGGAAAAGACGCGGCCAGAUGCCUUCACAGGGAAUUUGUUCAAGUUCCCUUACAUUUAUUCCUAAUUAGCCAACAUUCCCUCAAUGUGUUUUCAGUGUUAAUCCCUGGAGCCCUUCUGUAGUCUGUAAAUGAGUUUCUGCUAUUCUCUUGCCUCAUCAUUCAUGUGCCUUGGUGUAUGUAUACAUGUAUACAUCAACGAAAGAUUUCCCUGUUGGACAUGUAUGCCUUUUUCAAUGCUUUCUUGCAUCAGCGUUUUGUUACCAAUGUUCUUAUUUACAACCCAAGCCUUUUCUGUAAUGUGCCUAUGCUAUAUUGGAGGAAGUAUACAUUUUAAUUUUGCUUUUCAUAUGAAACAUAAUCAAGCCUGAGAAUAAACUACUUAUUCAACAA